AUGGCCAACAUGGCUGGCGAUGAAGUGCUUCUGAAUUGCACCGUAUCGGUCGGCAAUGAACCAGCAGCUGCUGAAGAGGAUGAAGUUGUGUGGACUCGUGACGGUAAAGCGAUGAACCUGAACGAUACUAACAAAUAUAUUUGGAAAGUAAAACGAUCAGCUGGUGUCGUCGUGCAUACGGUCAGAAUACGUCAGGCCACGAUGGAAGACGAUGGUGACUACGCCUGUGAGAGUCGGCAUCAACGAGCCAGCCAGAUCGUUCACGUCAAUAGUAGGUUUUCUUCUGAAGUCGCUCAUAGUCUGACUGGCAGAUAG